AAUACUGACCAAGAAGAUGGAGUUAUCCCAGAUUCACCUGUUCAUCAGAUCUCCAUGUCAAUGCCCAACAGAAUGAGAAGGAAAAAAGACUGUCGACAUGUUCGAUAUGCUGAGAACUCCAAAGGGUUCCGAUAAAACGUCACCCAGUAACGAGAUCAGAAAUUUUGCAAUGUGUUCAUUACUGCAGCAUGGUGAUAGUGAAGCUGUCUUGGCACCAGAAACCUGUCCACUGGAUUCUUCUGCUAAAACAAGUAGUCAUUUAAGUGGAUGUACUCAUUCAGAAAAUCCUGAGGUAACUACUGAUGUUGCUGAAACUGUUGGACUUUGCAGUUUUGAAGGAACUGAAUCUCGGAGUGUGGUAAACCUAUGUAGAAAUGAUGACUUAACUUUGAUUCAGAAGUAUUGUGUUAAACAAGAAUGUGACUCCAAAAGACCACUCUCCACUGAUUCAGUGCUGCUAAAGGAAAUAGGUCAUAGGUUGACUAGUACAAAAAACAAAGACCUGCUCACUCAAGAAAGGAUCUCUCCUGUGUUUGGUGGGCCAGCCAGGGCUGGUAAAUAUUUGCCUGUUUUAGGUGAAACUGAGUCUUCAUCUGUUCUUGGGCAACAUGUUCAAAAUGUAUCAGGUUAUGGUCGUCUGAGGACAAAAACAGAAGAUACUGUUUCUCUUGCACCUUUAAAUGUGGGAGGCAAUAGUGGUCAAGGAACAAAAUAUAAUGGGGAAAAAAAGAAAAGUGAAGAUGACAGUCUGCUUAGCAGAAACUGUAAAGAUUUGGUAAAUGGUGAAGAAGAUGCAUUUGAUAAGCCUUUGGAUUUGUCAGACUAUCUUGCUGGUGAAAGACCACAAGAAAAUAGAGAAAACCGUGAGUGGCUAAAGCAAGCUACAUUGCUUGAUGUAUUGAAAGCCUCAGUGAAGGUGGAUUCCUCUGCACAAAAACACUGUGGUGUCAGUGAUUUUUCAAGUAAAAACUCCACAGAGAAUAGUCACUUAGAAGAAGCAGCAAGGAGAUCACAUGCACAUGAUGGUCAAGAUGUAAAUCUCAAGGAAAAAGUUAAUCUACCCAACUUCAAAAAGCCGAAGGCUCCAAUUAAGAUAGAUACAGAAGGGGACCAUGUUGACAUCAAGCAAAAAUCAGAUGAGCAAGAACCAAAGAAGAAAAAAGUCAGAACAUCCAAAGGGGAUUCUGAAGCUGCUUCAGUGUUGCAGCUUAACCCUUGUCUAUCAGCAAGGAUGAUUCUGCAGCAGAAACAAGAUGAUGGUGAUUGCAGCCCAGAAGAAAUGUCUUGGAGUGUAGAUCCAGGUGCAGAUCUUUCUCAGUAUAAAAAGGACAGUUCUGUUAUUGAGCUAAAGAAUGGGAUUAAUUGCAAGUCUUUUGGUGAAACUGUUGACAUGGACUGUACUUAUGUAAGCGAAAGUAUGUUGAUGAAAGGGACGAACCAACAAAAUAAAGAAAAUAUUUCUGAUAUAGGAGAAAAAGCAAAUGAUAGUUUGGGAGAUAUUUUUGACCAGACAAUCUAUGGAGAGUAUGAGUCUUGUCCUCAAGACAGAACUUCUUCAGUGGAUUCUGAAAAUGAUGAGAAUUGUAUGCAAGAUGAAGAGGACAACAAGCUGGACGAUAAAAAUGGAAGUGAAGAAGAAAGAAAACAAAUUGGACCAAAAACAUGUUUAAAAAAUAAUGAAAGAAAUGAUGAAGUUUUACCAUUUCCUCAUGUGAAAGUGGUGCGUAAUAAAGAGGAGAGAAGGAAAAUGAUUGGCCACACAUGUAAAGAGUGUGAAAUUUAUUAUGCAGAUCUUCCAGAAGAGGAAAGGCAGAAAAAGUUGUCUUCUUGUUCAAGGCACAGGUUUCGAUACAUACCACCUAACACACCUGAAAAUUUUUGGGAGGUGGGAUUUCCUUCAACACAGACUUGUGUUAACAGAGGGUAUAUUAAAGAGGAAACUGCACCACCUCCACAGAGAAGUAGAAGGCGGCGGCCAUAUAAUGCAAUGUUUUCUCCUAAAGGAAAACAGCAGAGAACUUGACAACUGUUAUAAUUCAGUGAUUCAGAAUACUCUUAAAGAAACUCUGCUGCAGGCAGUCUCUGUCUUAAUUUAAAAUACCUACAAAAACAAAAGUAGAGAAAUUUUAUAAUCCUGUUUAAAAAAUAUAGAAUUGGUCAACAGACUGGAAUGCUUAAGAAACAGUCUGAAUUGAGGAAUUAAAUUAAGUCUUCUUUUCCACUUCCUCAUUCACAAUGUUACGUUGUCUUUCCUACACAACAGCUAUUAGCUAUUGUCUAACAAAGAAUGUUGCCUAUCUAGCAUUUGCUCAUUAUCCUUCUUAAAGACAAAGAGCAAAUAUGUUAAUUUAGUUUCAAAGGUCUAGGAAUUAUAAAUAUUUCUCUCUCUUCCACUAUGUUGCUGCACUAUUUUAAUAGUAUAUUUGUAUAUUAAAAGUGCUUCAGCUUAGUAUUUUUUAUAUUUAUUAUUAAUGUACGCACCAAAAAAAACAAGAAUUGUAAUUGUAAUCAUGAAGUCUAACUUCAAAGUGUACUUGUUUGUAAUUGUGUUCUUUAAUUUUCAAAUUUGUUUUUCUUAUGAUCUAGAUACUGUUACUGUGUUAUGAUGUUUGUACUGUGUUUGUAGAAUAAUUUCUAAUAUGUAAAGUUUGACAUAAUAUGGUUAUAUUAAUGGAAUAAAAAAGUAGCUGUACAGA